AUGGAUUCCACAGAGGACCAACUGGCAGAAAUGUUAAGAGAGUUUAAAUCAAGAAGGAAAGCCAAAGUUAUUGUGGAAUCAGGUUUAUACGUUCUUAUUGUGUUCUUUCUGUUUGUUGGAAACUUUCUUACACUCCUGGUUAUGUUGUUAAACCGACGGAUGCGAACAGUAGCAAACAUGUUCGUAGCAUCACUCGCUGUUUCAGACUUAUUGUUAGGAGUUUUCCUUUUAGCGCCAUUAGCCAUUCCAACAUUAGUGACUUCUCAUUGGCCAUUUAACGAUACAACCUGCCAAUUUGAAGGUUACUUAACCCUUGCAUUGGGUUUCGCUUCUAUUCACACAUUGGUCUUGAUGGCAGUGAACAGAUAUUACAGAAUCGUCAAACCGACAAAGUACCGCCACUACUUCACAAAGAAGAAAACCCUUAUCAUGAUACUUGUGACAUGGUUCUAUUCUAUUUGCGCUCCACUAAUUUACGUGCUACUUGGGAACAAAAUGGUCUUUCAUCCUUCAAAGUUCUUAUGUUUCAUGUCAAUCAAAAACAGUGCAUUUUUGGCCUAUGGUCUUCUUCUUUACGUAGGGAUUCCAAUCUGUGUUAUAAUCUACUGCUACUUUAGAAUCUUUACAACAGUUCGCCACCACAAUAGCAAUUUUCAUCACCCUGGCAAUCCAAUAAGCACGGUAAACGUGGAAGAAGUUAAGGUGGCUCGCACCAUACUUGUUAUAGUGGUGUUUUUUAAUCUGUGCUGGAUUCCAAUCUUAACAAUUGACUUUUUGGACACGAUUUUUCAAAGAUGGAUCUUCCCUCCCGAGGCUUAUAUCGCAUAUACGUUUUUGGCGACUAUAAGCAGCGCUUUGAAUCCCUUCAUUUAUGGCGUGCUCAACAAGAGUUUUCGCAAGAAUUAUCUGAAUGUACUACGUUGCAGAUGCUGCCGUUCUCAAGCUGUCGUAGAGCCAUUGGCUCUGUGAGUGAGAGCAAGUGUUGUCGCCAUGGGACCAUUACCUUAAUUAAAAGGUACACAGAUUGAAACGAGGUAGCAGUUUAGGUUGUGUCACAUUUAACUUUUCUUACCUGUAGCGUGACAGCUGGCCUAACUUAUUUUCUUAUCUCAACAUUGAGUCUCGAAUAAUCGUCAUGUCGACCCAUGAAGCAUUUUAUUUGUUGCAUAAAAAUGUUAUUAAAAACUGAAUUAUUGUAUAAUGCAAUUCUAGAGCUCUGAUUGCCUUAGACUUAUUAAUAGGGGUUAAUAUAGGUCCUUUAUCCAUUACAGCGUUAGUGACAUUAGUGACUUCCCAUUGACUUUGCAAGUAAGUGUUAUAAUAUAAUCUAUAUAAUGCUAUAUAAUCACCAAGAAGGAACCCUUAAAGAUGAUUCGUGUGUCGUGGCUUUAUUUUGUAUGCGUUCUAUUUUAUCAUCCAAUCGAAAACAGUGCAUUUAUAGCCUAUGGUCAAGAACUUUAUCUACAGGGGUUCCAAACUGCAUCAUCUUUUAUUGUUAACUUAGAAUCUUCAAAACCCUUCUCAGUCAUAACAGUUUUCAUCAAUAGUCGAUCUCGGAGCUCGGAGCCGUUUUAUUAACAUAAGGAAUUAGUUUUAAUCUACAAGGAUUAGGUACUUCUGUAAUUGCUUUGGAUACUGCCACAAGGGAGCUGCUGUUUCAAGAAAGCCUAAAAGAAACACAGGUAGAAUAACUGAAUGUCACUUAUUCUUCUAUUCCACUUUGAGUAUUAUAUACCCAAAUAUCAACUAUGGUUCUAUUUUAUUCUUACAUAAUGUAAUAUUUGGACUUGGACGGAACAUUUUUCUAGAUUUUCUACUACAAAGUAAUAGUAACGCAAGUAAAACACGUAAAAUAGUCGUAUUAUUCGUCUGUUUACAUAUUUUUUUUUUCAGUGACAGAAAUUCAGUUAAACACUCUAGUUUAUAAAAUAUACCAGGUAUCCUUGUCGAUUUUUCUUUCAAGAGGUUCUUAGUAGGCGCGAGUUUAGACAUCCGCUGUAAUCCUUCCCCUGGCAAAAUACCUCUGGCAACUCUUUCAAGAAACUCGUUUAACCCUUUGUGGUGUCAGAGGACCAACUGGCAGAAAUGUUAACAGAGUUUAAGUCGUAAAGCAAAGCCAAAGUUAUUGUGGAAUCAGGUUUAUACGUUCUUAUUGUGUUGUUUGUGUUUGUUGGAAACUGUCUAACGAUCUUGGUUAUGAUGUUAAACCGACGGAUGAGAACAAUUCCAAACAUGUUCGUAGCGUCACUCGCCGUUUCAGGCUUAUUAAUUGGACUUUAUAUAGGUCCUUUAGCCAUUGCAGCAUUAGUGACUUCCCUUUGUCCGUUUAAAGACACGACCCGCAAAUUUCAAGGUUCAUUAGCCUUUACGUUGUGUUUCGCUUCGAUUCACACAUUGGUCUUGAUGGCAGUGAACAGGUAUUAUAGAAUCGUCAAACCGACAAAGUACCGACGCUACUUCACGAAGAAAAAAACCCUUAUCAUGAUUCUUGUGUCGUGGUUUUAUUCUGUUUGUGCUCCAUUAAUUUACGUGCUAAGUGAGAGCAAAAUGGCAUUGUUUCAUCCUUCAAAGUUCUUAUGUUUUAUUCGGCUCCAAAACACUCUAUUUUUGGCCUGUGGUCUUCUGCUUUACAUAAAGAUUCCAACUUGUGUUAUAAUCUACUCCUACUUAAGAAUCUUUACAACAGUUCGCCACCACAAUUGCAACUUUCAUCGCACUGGCAAUCCAAUAAACACGGUAAACGUCGAACAAGUUAAGGUGGCUCGCACCAUACUUGUUAUAGUGGUGUUUUUUAAUCUGUGUUGGAUUCCAAUCUUAACAAUUGACUUUUUGGACACGAUUUUUCGAAGAUGGAUCUUCCCUCGCGAGGCUUAUAUGGCAUAUACGUUUUUGGGGGCUAUAAGCAGCGCUUUGAAUCCCUUCAUUUACGGCGUCUUCAACAAGAGUUUUCGCAAGAAUUAUCUGAAUGUACUACGUUGCAGAUGCUGCCGUUCUCAAGCUGUCGUAGAACUAUUGGCUCUGCGAGUAAGAGCGAGUGUUGUUGCCAUUGGGCCAUUGCCUUAA